CUCAAUUUCAAACUGAAUUACUGUUGAGAAAAAUCAACAAAAAGUGAUGCACAUUUGGGUGAGCUGAUAAGCAAAGUGCGGUCAUGGCGACAAUGACGACGACGGCGACGUUGAUGACGCCAUGCUCUCGUCGUCUCAGUUGGGACUUUAACAUAAUGUGUCACAGGAAUGCCUCUAAUUUUGUGCAAAAUAAUCUUGGCACUGCAGCGGCUGUUGAAUUCCCUUGCACUAGUCUGGUUAACCAGUUCCAGAGGUCUUCAAGAGCAUUUUUCUUUAAGCCAUCCCCAGGAUCUUUGGUUAAACCAAUAUCUGCUGCAGGUUCAGGUUUGAAGGCAACAAUUACAGAUCCAGAAGCAAAUUCCAUACAUGUUAAGAAUGCCAAGAUAGUCGUAGAAUCUCAUGAGGAUACCUUGAUGCAAGUAAGAGUUGAUGUGACUGGAGAGGACACAAGAAUAGUGUUUGAUAAGGUUUUAAUAAAUUUAGGUCGUACAGCACCACCAGUGCCUGGAUUUCGCAGACAAAAAGGAGGGAAAACAUCAAAGGUCCCAAAAGAUUUCCUGUUACAGAUUCUUGGUGAAGAACGAGUUACAAAAUUUGUUAUUCAGGAAAUUAUUACAUCUACUUUGGCUGACUAUGCCAAACAGGAAAAUUUGACUGUAAAGGACAAUGAAAUUAAAACCAUUCAGACUGCUGAAGAACUGAGGUCAUUGUUUAAGCCAGGAAAUGAGUUUGGAUUCAAUGCUACACUUGAGCUCGAGACUGCAACUACUGAAGAAACUAGCUCGGACGCAUAAACCAAAAUUCGCAGCCAUUGGUUUUGCUCAGACGAUCAGUGUAAGAAACCAAGCCAGUAGUCUUAGGAAGCUGGGAAUUAUGAAGAUGCACAGCAAGGUCUUUCUGAUGUUUUCUCUGAUGUUAGACCGCUAUAUAUGAAGUCUGCUUGUUUGUGUUGGUAAGUAACAGUAGCUCAAUCUUUGAAAAUGCUCUAUUCAAAAUGUAUUGAACUGAUUUCACGACGCAACCACUUCUAGAAAUGAAUGCCAUCCCAACCCCCCAACAAUUAUGUGUUACUGCCUCAAAUUACAUUGUAUUGAACUAACUAUAUCACAUUAAACGCGUGUAUAAGUUCUUAGAAACUUGAAAUUUAUAUUCAUAAGAAAUGCGAGAAUUGAUAACUCUUGUUUUGAUACAAUAUAAAGUGUCAGCGAGAAAAUCUGUUGUAAUAGCUUCUCUUAGAGAGAUUUUCGUGGACAAAACUGUUGUUUAUCUUUUUCUUAUCAGUUUAUUUAUAUGAUAAUCCGCC